AAUAGAAUUAAAUUCUAAAAAUAGCGCAUGCAAAAGAGUGAGGGGCGUGAUGAAAUUUAUGAAUGGAGAGCAGCAUCACAUCUUAACACAUUCAUUCUCCAACUAAACCAAACAAUGAACAACACUCGCAAACAUCCCAUUUCUUCCGGCCAGGUCCCUUCCGCCACUUCUCCCGUCAAUUUCCGCCGCUCCACCCCCAAAAUUCAUCUCUCCGCCAGGAAGCUCGCGGCGCGUUUAUGGCACUUCCGCUUCUUCCACCGUUCCUCUUCUCACAAGCUUCAAUCCUCUCCACCACCACGUGUCAAGCUCACAGAGGAAGAGGCCACACAAGGUGAUAGCAGGAAGCUUCUCAGAGACACCAAAUUAAACGGUGGAUCUGUUGUCUCUGUUCUUCUCUCGGAGCUCCUUCGGGCUCAAACCUGCAUUAACAACCUCAAAUCCUCUAAGAAAAAGCUGGAGGAGGAAAAGUUCCUCUGGAAGCGUCGGGAACUGAAGAAGAACGAAGCAGUGUUGGAGGAGUUAAUGGAUAAGUUAGCGAGGGAAAGGAGAAGUAAAGAGAGGAUGGAGUCACUUAACUCCAAAUUGGUACAUGAGUUGUCCGAAGCAAAAUUAUAUGCCGAGCAAUUUAUGAUUAACUACAAGGAGGAAAGGAGAAAAAGAGAAAUAAUAGAGCAAGUGUGCAACGGAUUGGCGAUGCAAAUAGGAGAAGACAGAGCUAAGCUGGAGGGGAUUCGCGAGGAGAUGGAGGAAGAGAGGAAGAUGUUUCAUAUGGCAGAGAUGUGGAGAGAGGAGAGCAUUCAAAUGAAGCUACUCGAUGCCAAACUUGCCCUGGAAGAUAAAUAUACCCAGAUGAUCCACUUGAUUGCGCAUCUGCAGAGUUUCUUGAGGUCAAGAGGUGAUGAACUGGGUGCACCUCAAUCACCCAACGUUGAACUUUCAUGUGAUUUCACCCAGUCAAAUCAUGUUCUCGACACUUUGAAUGAGAUCAAAGUUAAAGAGACGGUGAUUGGAGUUGAGCCCUGCUUCCUUUCCACUCUUACUGCUCCCUCUUCCACCGUCCACAUUGUAAGUCUUGACGAUAAUCUUCACGAUGCUGACCAAAAUGUGAAUGGAUUAGGGAGUGAAGCAGAGCGUUGUGAAAAUUCAGAGGAUGGUUGUUGCAAACAGUCUGACUCUUCUGUCAGGCUUGCAACACGUUCUGUUAAGAGCCGUGGGUUCAGACAAUGGGAAUUAUUGGGACCACGAAAUUUUGCAGACUCGAUGAAUCCACACAUCACUCGUGGGAUGAAAGGGUGCAUAGAAUGGCCACGAGGCAUGCCCAAAGUCAAUUCCAAGAUAAUUCCCGUGGAAGAAAGAGUGCGAAAAGAGAAAUCUCAGUUGCAACAUCUACUUAAACCACACCUUGAAAGAGAACAAGUAUACAAACAGAAUUGAAUAAAACUCCAUUAAUUUAAUUUUGCAUAAGAAACACCCCUCAUCACAGAUUUUAGCUUAUAUUCGCAGAGAAUAGCGUUGUUUUAUUAAAUGAAUUAUGAGUGUGUUGAUUCCGUUGUAGAGAGCAAACCAUAUAUUGAUAGUAAGAAGUAUUAUUAUUCCUUGAAAUCAUGUUAUGCAGACUUUCUAGUGAUCUGAGAAUUUGUUGAA